AUGGCGGUUUCUGCGGGAAAGCUCUUCGCGUUUCUGCUCCUGUUCAUUACGGCUGCAGUGGCAGUUCAGGCCUGCACCGAAGAGUGUGCCGGCUGCAACGCCUAUGGGGCUUACUGGAACGGUCAAGGCUGCGGGGAAGACUCGAACCAAGUCUUCUCCGUGACGUUGAAGAACGGGACCGACCACAAGGCCUGCUGCGGAGCUUGCGUUAAGUCCGCGUGCUGCCUCUUCUGGGUGUACGACCCCAGUAAGAACACCUGCAAGGGCUACUCCAACUGUAACCGCAUCGACGGCCAGCCCACGGUGCGUGAGUGGCUCGGCGACUGGAAGGUGCUCGACUUGACCUGCGAGGGCUACUCUGAGCAACCCGACGCACAGAUUGAUUUCCCCGCGUUUCGCAUCAACAACAAGUCGUGGCCCGUAGGAAACAACCCUCAAGUUUACGGCGACUAG